AUGUCCUCAAAACCCUACACGGUCCUCGUAACAGGCUCCUCAGGCCACCUCGGCGCCGCCCUCCUCCACGCCCUCCCCUCCCACGGCCACCACCCCCUCGGCAUCGACAUCCUCCCCUCCCCAACAACGCACCACGUAGCCUCCGUCACAGACCGCACCGCAAUCUCCUCCCUCCUCGCCGCGAACCCGUCAAUCUCCCACAUCAUCCACGCCGCGACCCUCCACAAACCCCACGUCGACUCCCACCCUCCCCAAGCCUUCGUCGACACAAACAUCUCCGGCACCCUCGCCCUCCUCGAAGCCGCCGCCGCCCGCUCCCCGCCCCUCAAGUCCUUCAUCUUCAUCUCCACGACCUCCGCCUUCGGCGCCGCCCUCGCCCCGGCCCCCGGAUCCCCCGCCGCCUGGAUCGACGAGCACGUCGCCCCGCUCCCGAAAAACAUCUACGGCGUCACCAAGUGCGCCGCCGAGGACCUCUGCCGGCUCGUCCACGCGAGGACCGCACUCCCCGUUCUCGUCCUCCGCACGUCCCGCUUCUUCCCGGAGCAAGACGACGACGAGCGCCGGAGGGCGGCCAUGGCCGACGCGAACCUCAAGGUCUGCGAGCUCGCGCACCGCCGCGUGGACGUCGCCGACGUCGUCUCCGCCGUGCGCUGCGCCGUGGACCGCGCGCCGGAGAUCGGGUUCGGGAAGUACGUCAUCUCCGCGCCCCCGCCGUUCACACACGAUACGGAGACCCUGGCACGGCUGGACGCGGACGCGGGGGAGGUGUACCGCGAGCGGGUGCCCGGGGCCGCGGCGGUGUUUGAGGAGCUCGGGUGGAGGUUUCCGGGGCGCGUGGACCGGGUGUACGAUUCCUCCAAGGCGGUAAGGGAGCUCGGGUGGAGGCCGGAGUGGACGUUCGAGAGGGUCGUCGAGAGGUUGGCGCGCGGCGAGGACUGGAGGAGCGAGUUGACGCACGUUGUUGGGAAGAAGGGGUAUCACGCCGUCCCGACGGGGGUGUACACGACAUGA